CUUGCCACUGAUGGUUAUAAUGCAAAUACACUUUUCUUUCACAAAGCACUAGCCAAUAUAGUACUUAAUAUUUAAUAGCACUUAUCUAUUACAUUAUAAUCAGUUUAUUUCUUCUUAUCUUAUCCAUAAAGAUAACAGCAUUACCAGAGAUACCGUGUACAGUACAUGUAUGUAGUACACAGUAGCAUUUGUUGGCAUGUUAUGCAUUCGUCUAUCUUUUAUUCACCUGUAUUGGAUUCUAUUAGAUGAAAAGAUUACUGUGAACAUGAGCAUUCAAAAUAUAAUUUGUUUUUGUGCACUUUUAUAAUAGACCUGUUUUGGGCAUUAAUUUUGUUGUUUGAAACCAAUAAUUAUUAUAAUUUUGUUUAUUUUAAAAUGAAAAAUUGUAGCAUUCAUUUUGGAAUGGUACAGUGAGUUCCAUACAACAUGUAGGAUCUGUGUUGUUACAUAACACCACUGUUGAUAUUGAUUAUAAUUGGCUGGUGUCUCUAUUUGGCUUUUCAGUUGUAAAAGCUUGAUUCAAAGCAUGCAUCAACAUUGAUUUUUGCUAGCAUACUGAACGUGUGUUCAAUUGUGUGUGUAAAAUUACUGUGAAAACCUGAUGGACCUGAAGUAUAAAGAGUAGCAGGAUGUUCCUAGAAUGAAGUGCUUAAUUAAUGAAGGUGAAGAAAUGGUCUGAGGUUGCAUGCAUCAUGGCCUUCAGCUCAGUUUUGCAGAUGUACCUUGGCUGGGCCAACAGCCUCUUGUGUGAACAAGGAAUUCUGAUUGAUGGUUUACAUCAGUUAAGGAAUGGCUCAGUAUUCUGUCAUCUGAUUGAGCUUCUUACUGGCACCCAGCUCCUGCCUGCUGACCAGGAUGCUUUGACUGAUUUAGAUGACACCUUCGCUCUUGACAGUGUGCAAAUUGCCUUGGAUUACUUGACUGGUGUUGGGGUCAAAAUAAAUGUCACUGCUGAAGGUGUUGUAUGUGGGGAACUGAAGAGUAUUCUGGAUGUUAUGUGGUGCAUUAUUCUGCAUUGUACUAUCCAUUCACCAGAACGUGCUAUGUAUCAGCGAACAGUGCGUAUGGGUCGUAAGCUGCUAUUACAAUGGUGUGGGGGAGAGUUAAACAUCAACAUUGACGGCAGCAAGAGUAUGACUGCAGUGUUCAGUUGCAACAACCACCUAUCAGAUCUUCUGUCUUUGCACUGCUCCUUUGAGAAUAAUCAGGACAAGGAUAAGUACCUUGUCAACCUAACCAAUGGGAUUCUGGCUGCUGAAGAUCACUUUGGAAUUUCAAAGACACUCCUUGGGCCAGCUGAUGUGAUCAAUGGGACAGGAGAUGAACAUUCCCUCAUGAUUUACAUUGCAUUACUCAAGAGAAAGGUGUCUAUGCUUGUUUCCAGCUCGCUAUCUUCAGAUGAAGAUGAAUUUAUCAAAAUAUCAACAAAGAAGCAGAUAACACUUGCACUGACCAAAACCAACACCUUUAGGUUUAUGAGAAAAAAGUCAUUACUACGGAAAUGCAGAAUUGGCAAUAGCAAGAGGCUUAUAAGGAUGGACAGGGUUGCAUCAUGUCCAUUUUGUGUUGACCCCUGGACCCAGUUAUCACGGGGUGUGGUCUCUGAGUCUCCCAAUACAAGUAUCCUGUCUGUAGCUAACUCAGUUUACAGUGAACGUUCCUCUUUAACCAACUUCUCACAUCUGUCAACACCACAACCUCCACACCACCAAUAUGCAUCCAAUAUCUCUAGCUACAAAACACCAUCAGGUGACACUUCACCUAGUCAUGGAAACAGCCAAGACAUUACACCUGAGAAGAGUGACUCUGGAAUCUCAAUAACUGCUGACCCAUCAUCUUCAUCCAGUCUUCCAAGUAUUACAUCGUCGAGGUUACAAGAGUUGAGAGAGCACACAGUGGAUGCGAGAAAAAGGCCCAGUGCUGUAUAUGUUCCCUCCAGAACAGAACAACCAAAACUGAACAGUGACACUUUCAGAAAUGCAACUGUUGCGACAAUGCCAAGGAACAAAGCAAGAUAUGUUGAGAGGAGACAUGAAGAUUUUGUCUUACAUACAAGAGACUUGCAAGACAGUGAUAUGAUAAGAAAUGCGAACAUUAAUCACUUGGAGUCUUCAAGCUUACUGUACAAUGAGGUAUCAAGACGUGAAGAGAUUGGGAACCAGGGUGAGACCUCCCCAGGAGAUGAACAAAGCAUCCUAGAGGAGAGCAAGGGAUGUAAGAAAGAUGAAAAAGAUGAAAGAUGCAGGGACACUCUGAAGGAAGAAAACAUGCAAAUUGUCCACACCCCAGAAGAUGAACUUCUUCAUUUGUUAGACACUAUUGGUGAGGAGAGCCAACAUCUUCGUCUUGAGCUGACUGAGACACAACGACGAGAGGCCAUCUUGAAAACCAAACUUGAAGAAGAGGUAGUAGGUUGUACUAAAGAAGAAAAAGUCAUAUCUAAACUCGUCCAAGAACUUGAAAUGUUAAGAACCGAAAACAGGCGACUGUUUCGUGAAUCUGCAAAUGCUAAAAAUGUCAAUGCCGUGGAUAGAAAGACAAUGGAGAAACUUAAUGCUGCUAUUGUAAAACUUCAGAUGGAAGUUGAACACCAGAGUGCUGAGAACUUCAGCUUGAGGAUGAAAUCAAAGAUAGGGAGUGAUAUUGUCUCAGAAGAAGCAAGAUCAGAGCGAACUGCAGGAGCAAGGGCUAACAGCAACAAAAUUGGCCAAUCAGAUUAUUCUCUAGGACUUGGAGAAACGUCUGAACUUUGUGCUCUGAAGAGAGAUUUUGCCAGAUUAGAGAGUCAGAAAGAGUUCCUUCAGGUAAGACUAAAGGAGACAGAAGAAGAAAUGACACAUAAGUUGAAUCACACCACUGAAAAGUUAAGAGUGUCUAGGCUGGAAAACCUCCGUCUAGAGAAAGAGUGCAAACUCCUUCGAAUGAGCAAUGAGACAAGCCACUUGGAAGUAGAGACGGUGGCUGGCAGAUGCAGACGGUUAGAGGAGUAUUUAUUACAUGCUCAAAAACGAAAUGUUAAGUUGGCACAGCAACUUGAGGAGGAUGUCCUAGAAUCAUCCUCACAAGAUGGAUUCAACCAGAACCUUGCCUCCCUUGCAAAACUAAAGGAAGAAAAUGCACUCUUGGAAGAAAAGGUGGAGUUAGCUGAAGGGGAGAGAGAGCUGUUGAAACAAGAACUUACACAUUAUCGUCUGAAUAAGACAGCUCUGGAUGAGGUCCUAAGAGCCUGGGACAUCCAUACAAACAGCAAGUUCCAGUCUUUCCUGGAUGAUUUCAGACUUCACAUCGAUGAGCAAAGAGAACAUCAAGAGACAAAGAUGAUCAGUAAUCCUAAACCAAAAACACUAAGUUUGAAAAAUCAUGACAAACAGUUGGUGCUUGCUGAGACUCAAGUUAGUAAUGAUGUCACACAUUCUUCAAGCUCCAUCUUAAGUGAAAAUAGUGAACAGGGAUCUGGAAGUCGGAAAACGUUUUCUUCAGCUUCAUCAAGAGAGUCCUUGUUUGUGGAUAAUGACCAGCAAGAAACAAAGCGUCUGACUGCAGAAAACCUGGCUGCUGUAUCAAAAAGUGAAGCUGCUGUUGAUGAUAAAUACUUACAAGUCAGUCCUCAAAGGGUAGACACGGACACUGAAGUAGACUCAGAGAUGGAUUCACAGGCUACUGAAAAUGCAUUUUCUGACCUUCUAAAUGAGGUAGUGGAAGCAGGUGGGAUAGCUAAGAUCAAGCUUGCUGAGGGAUUCAGGAGGCCCAGUUUGGGAGACCUCAUUGUUGCUAAAGCUACGGAUUCUCCAUCAGAUGAUUGUGAUGCAAUUGGAAAAAGCCGAGAGAGACAUUCUAAGUUGGUGAAUGCAGAGCCAAAAAGAUUGCAAGGUCAAAAUAUUUUGGAUCAAGGUAAAGGGGAGACCAGCAUUGCUGCAGCAGAAAGUAGAGAGUCUUCAAGGGACCCAUCAAGGAGCCAUCUUGCCAACAAGACAAGAUUUAGUGCAGUUAAUUCCAGUAUGGAGUCCCUGAAAGGAAUCACACAAAAAGCAAAACUUAAUCCUGACAGAGCAACAACUCUGGAUGAAAGAUGUGGAGCUACAGCCCCGUCAGAGAAAAGAAAAUUAGAAGACAGGUCAACAUCUGCACGUGAAACACUAGGUAAUAAAGAUGAGAGUAUGAAAGCAGGAGGAGACAACUUGAAAAGUUUAGAAAUUGGACAUGUUGAAAUCACCAAUGUUUUAGAUCAACCAAACCAAACAGUGAGAGAAGUUACUUCUGAUUCCAAAUGUCUCCCUGUAAUACAACCAUCAUUGCUUGAUCAACAGCGAGUUGGUCAAGUCAAAGGACGUUUCUCAAGAUGGAGAAGGAUGCAGAAUAGGUCCAACCCAGUGCUUGAUGGAUCUUAUUUUGAAGGAAUUAAGCUUGGCUCAGAAGACUUUCCAAAGAGCUACUCAGAACAGAAACUAGACUUAAGAAAUAGGAGUAGAAAUGUUGGCAGUCCACUUAAUGCAAGCUAUGGUGAUUGGAAUACAUCAGGCAAACAUUCUGCCCAAUCAGAAGACUCUGAGACGGGAACAAAUAGUUUGGAGUCAGAAGAGGAAUUUGCUCGUCUUCCAGAACGACGCAAAAUUGCACAAGAAGUCUGCACUGGAAAGAGAAGAGUAGAAGAUCCAGGAUCAGAGAAACCAUCUUAUCUUGACAAAGGAAAUGUUAAAGAUGAGUCAAAGACAUCAGUGAAUGGACGUACAUGUAGAAUGGAGGGAAAUGGCAGUGCUGUCAAACCAUAUUUCUCUUCACCUCAAAGGCUUGGGUAUCUGAGAUCAAAAUUUGGUAUAAAGCUUGAAAAGGAGCUCCUCAGUGCCAGUGGCGAAUGUAUGAAUAGCCUGAAUGAAGAGCAGCUAGCAGCUUCAUCUGUAUCUAGUGAAAAUCCAACCAUGGUGCAGCCUACCAAUCCAACUAAGUCUUUAAUAACUGAUACUCAGUCUUUGGCCAAUAGCAAAGAAAGCAAUUUCAAAUGCUCACCUAAGCCAGACAAAAUUCAAAGUCUAAGCAAUGGGAACAGUAAUACAGAGUAUGAGAAAGCAGGUACUCUUUCAAAUUCCAGCAGUCCAGACGUGUCCAAGAUGUCACCUGCCUCCUAUAAUCGGUAUUACAAACACAAGAUGAUGGCUGAGAAAGACCAAGAGUAUGCUAAUAGUAUUAUAGAUAAAUACCUGAAUCACAUCUAACAGGUACACUCAAUACAUAUUCAUGAUCUGGGUUUGCCCUAUCAUGAGUUUAAUCAUGUCACCAUGACACCAGAACAUAUAUCUUGCUUGUUAAAAAUUACACACAGCAUCAAGAUACGUGUAUCAUUACUUGUUGUUGUUGCCUGACACAUAUGACCUUAGAGAUAUUUGAAUAUAAAUAAUGAGGGAUAAAGAGUGCAUGCAUGUCAAAUCACCAGGUAAAACAUUCCACCAAAUGUUGAUAUCCACCUUUCUAUUCUUAAACCAUUUAUUUAGUAUACCAAAAGGCUGAGAUGCUUGGAUAUUAUGUUUAAUAUAGUUGGAUCACUGGCUGCAGAAAAAAAUGCACAUGGCUAAAAUUAGCUGGAUUUCUUUGCACACUGAACAUGCACUUUGCAAUAAAGGACAUGUUUGCCAUCCAUUUUAGUGCACAUUUUUAAUGUAGUCCAUUGCAAUGUACAAAUCUAAAGCAUGCUACAGACCUUAAAUGAAUAAAUGCACCUCAAAGAGAAUGUUAAUAAAAAUUUUAAAAACGAAAGAAUUCCAUAUGCCACAUUGUAUUCUAAACAAAUUUAAUAAAGUGUCGUUUGUGUAAUUUUUUAUUGACUUCUGUUACUCACACGUGUUGCCUGGCUUAUCCAGAUGGUGUGACUGAUCAGAUGUAUUUGCUUUAGAUAAUGGAGACAUGUACCUGGUCACAUGCAGAUUUUGUUUGGGGGACACUUCCGGAAACCUUUUUUUCUCUUCCAAAUGACUGUUUAUAACCGAGUCAGUGGUACCUCACAAACAAUGGGUGGUUAAUCCUGGAACGUUUUGACACUGGCAUCUUUUUAAGCAGUAUUUGGAAAGAGCUAUUGAAAACAUGAUGUACUUAACAAUGUGGGCAUAAAUGGCUGACUGAAAUGUUGCACCUUCCCUCUAUGUACAUGUAGUUGUAAUGACGCUUGGUGCAGAAUCCAAGAGUACAGUGCAGGCAAAUGGAAAGGAACCAUUUUGUUUCAUUUUUUAACAUUUCUUAUGAACACAUACAUCAGCCUCAGGGAUUUCAGAGCUAAGCAGAUCUAUUGCAACCUUGUCCAUGCCCAUCAUGAUAUGUAAUGGAUAGCAUACAAUGUACUUAAAAGCUUCUGCAAACAAUUUUCCUAUUGAAGUUAUUUAGAAGCUCUAAUGUUCCUUGUGAACUUUGACCUUCUGAGCAGCAGUGAGCAACUUGCAGUUUUGAGAAAUAAAAUGCUACCAAAAAAACAGCACUUAUCUAUACAAUGGCCAGUGUUUAGUUAUGGGUACAUCAUUGCUUAAAUAUUGAUAUCUCUUUAGAAAAUAUUUACAGUACCACUGUACUGCCACUGCAUUGACCAUGAUUGGGCAUCAUGCUUUAUACAUUUUCCCUCUUGUUUUGUAAAAGCCCUUGCAUAUCAUUAGUUAGAUCUGAUAGAAUCAUAUGUUCAUCUGUUCAACUAAAAAAAAGAAAAAAAUGAUAAGAAAGUCAAGAAAGAGUCAUUUAUCAACCUGAACGACAAAAUAUAUUUUUAAUACUUUUACAAAUGUUUCAGUAAUACAUGAAUCUUUAUUUUUCUACAAAGUGUGCUUUUUGUGGUAACCUUCUUUUGCAAAUGUAAUUUCAUGUAUAUGUACUUAUGGCUAGUUGUGGUGCUUAAAUGUAGCAACGUGUAGUGUUUUGGCUUCGUAGCUGAUAUAUAUAUAUAUAUACACGUAUGUUGCUCUGAAGAGCUAGGUGUAAUAUUAGGCCCGUAAAAAAAAUAGAGUCUGUACCGGUACUUGAGGGGUGCAGUAGAUGACUUCACCAAAUUCAAUGUUUACUACUCAUAACAGCCACCGUCUGCCCAAGAUAAUGAAUGACAAAUACAUUUGUAAUGGGUUGGCCUAUGGCCAUUAUUUAUGUGCCAAGCUAAAGUAAGGUAACAGAAGCCAAGCCUUAAGGUCUGUCGGUUUUUACUGAUCAAAAUUUGGUCUUCCUACUCUGUUGCCAUUCAUAAAUUCUUCAUCUUAAUAAAAAAUCUUAUGAAAAAUGCAUCCCAUUUGUCUUAAUAUGUAAAUAUGAAUGGCAAUAUUUAUUUAUGAAUGGCUAAAUAAUUCAUUUGCCAUAAUUGUGUCCCUAUCUAUUCAUUUUCCAAUCACAAAGUAAGGAAAAGGUAUAAUCUCACUCAGUUCAUAAUUAUACAUCUAAAUCUCUGACAUGUUUGGAAUUGGCAUUGCACUCCUUUGUUCACGUGGUUUUCAUUGAAACCAAGCGUGAGUUUGGGAUUAACUUGUAAUAGACCGAUAUUCAUUAAGGGACAAUGACAACCAGUAAUUUUCAGUGACAGUUAAAUGACAAAGGUUGCAAGGUAGUAACUAUGAAAGUCACAACAGUAUUACAUGUGACAUCUUGUGGGUUACAUAUAUAUGAGGGAUUUGUGCACUGUGAAGUCCAUUCUGCGCUUAUCCCUGAAUCCUCGAUUAGAUUCAUCUGAUUGUUGAUGAUGUAUACUUGAAGAGAAACACGUUAUUUGUACACAAUCAACAUCAUUGCCCUUCAUCAGAAGUUGUUACUUCUGAAAUAUUAGCUCUUUACCUAAUAAUACCAUAGUAUAACAAGAACCUUUGAUGUUUGAGAAUAUGUUUGCAUUAAAAGCAUUUCUUUGGCACUUAUUUACUUUACCAUAAUAUAUUUUUGAAAUGUAAAUGCAUGUACAUAGAUCCCUUUUUAGAAGUGCACUUUUGUAAAGAGCAACUCCAAUAAAUAUUUUUGGUGGUAAAAUAACGCCAUACGUUUUACUAAAAUUAACUGGUAACAUCAGUAUUAGUGUUUCUUUAGCCAUAUGUCAUCAAAAUAAACAAAAAAUGAAAGUGUCUGCACUCAGCAAUAGGUAAAGUGCCAGGCAGUUAUCAAAAUCAGACCAAAUUGUGACAUUUAUUUCUAAUAGGGCCUACCAUUUUCUUUUAAUCGACAUGCUAGACACUUUUGGUGUCAAAACUACAGCAGUGUAUUCAUGUACAUACAAAUUAUGUAUUCCAUUCACAUUGGAGUUGCUCUUUAAAUUUGUUGUGAUGUUUACACAAAUUGAUAAUUACAAGACAAAAGUUUGAGUCGGAAAUAAUUGUAUGUAGUUUGUAUCAGUUAAUAUAGCUCUUUUUAUAUUUUAAUUUUAUGUGGACUGGUUUUGAUGUAACUUUUUUUUUCUUUCUUAAAGGCUGAAUAUUGAAUAAGAACUUGAUAGAAAGAACAUGGAUUUGUAUUGAUGCUACUAGCUGACAAAAAUGGUACAGUCUCAUAAAGUGUGAUUAGUAUUGGAUAGACUUCUGUAAAUACAUGGUUUGAAUGAGAAGCAUGCGAGUUCUACUUUGACACAGUAAUGAGGAUGUUGUCAAUACACCAGAUUCACAAUUUGUAUGCAACUUUCCACUUUCCCCCCACUAUAGCCCAGUUUCCUCGCAAUAUAGGCUUUAUGUGUACUUCCAACUUACAAGUGCUAAAUGGUAAAUACUAGACAUAUUGUCGAUAUUUUAACCGUAUAAGCAGUAUAUGAGAUGAAGUUUGUCAUUUGCAUAUUAAUCAAGCAUACCAGCCUGUUUGAAUUCAGAAAUAAUGAAAUUGGUUUGAUUAAAUUGGUUUUACAAAGAUGGGGGUAGUGUGUAUGCAUUGUAAUACAAAUGAGCAGCCUGGCACAGAGGGACACUUUUUUUUUCUUCAUUUUUUCAUUUUUCAUUUUUCAUUUUUCAUUUUUCAUUUUUACUCAAGCAUAGUGACUUAGAUUUGUGUUUGUUUGAUGUGAAAUGUUGCUGUUUUACAAAGUGGACACCAAUAUGCAUAUCUAUUCAUGUUCAAUGAAGCAACUACAUGUACAUUGUAUUUUAAGUUCAUCUUUAACGUUAUUGUAAUGAACACAUGAAUCAAGCAUAGUAAAUUCAGAGUCUGGCAGAUCUGUUAUAAUCCUAUCUUUGCCCAUUGAGAUCUGUAAUGGAAAGCGUACUUAAAACAUCUUGUGAACUCAUUGCUUAUGGAAUUUAUUACAAAGCUCUAAUGUUGGCUGUGAAGUUUGACUUUCCACAGCUCACAGGGUGACAUGGCAAUGUGAUCAACGUUCAGUAGUGAGAAAUAAACCAAUAAUGUUAUCUCACUAAA